UCGCGGUGACACACGGCUCAGCACGGGCGAGAACAUGGCGCGCAACAGAGCUGUGGUCGGGUUGCUUCUGGCUCUCACUGUGGCAGCGGUGGAAGCUACCUUAGGCGGCAAAGAACACGUCCACAUCAGGGUGCACCUGCCGGAGAUCAUCAACGAUGUGCACCACACCAAGAAGAUCGUCUACCACAAGGAGGUGGGCCAUCACCACGACGACGGCCACUCGGGCUACGGCGGCGGCGACUUCGGCGGUGGCUUCAGCAGCAGUGGCGGGGGCGGCGGCUUCGGCGGCGGCCACGGGGGCGGCUUCAGCAGUAGCGGCGGGGGCGGCGGCUUCGGCGGCGGCCACGGGGGUGGCUUCAGCAGCAGCGGUGGCGGCGGUGGCGGCUAUUCGUACGGCGGCGGUUCCUCGGGCCACGGGGGCGGCUACUCGUUCGGCGGCGGUUCUUCAGGCCACGGGGGCGGCUUCGGCGGCGGUGGCUACGGGGGUGGUGGCGGUGGUGGCUACGGCGGCGGUGGCAGCGGCGGCUACGGCGGCGGUGGUGACGGCGGCUACGGCGGCGGCCACGACGACGAUGACCACCACCACGGGUACCACUAGCGGAGGCGGCCGGAUGAUACUCUCCUGUGAACAAAGACAGGGUGCUCCUAAAGAGACGUCUUCAGGGUACCGAAGAACACUCGCAGCUCCCAACACCGGGUACCUCAUCUCGUCAUAUUCUCCAACGCCACGAGACCAUUUUUUGUCCAAGUCAACAAAACAUUACAGUGAACGGGCCAAAUACUUUUCAGCCAGGUGCACCAGUGACUCUUUCAAAGAUUUGUUUGAUGUCGCUGAAGAGUUUGACCUCUGCCAUAGCGCGUCGAGCCAACCACGUUACCAGUGACAUUUAACUGAUUGCGGUCUUUGAUUUCUCGUCGAGACUCGAAAAUAUUUUGCUAUCUACACCGAAUAGCUUCCACGAGAUCUGUUCAUCAACUGUUUUUCGCCAUAAGAUCUCAUGAUCUAAUAUCCUUCAAGAAAGAAACUGGUGAAACAAAUCGACAACCUUUAAAAAGUGGCACGCUCUUUCUACAACUGAAGUUUGAAAACUCUUCUGGUGAGAAGAAAAUAAAUAUAUUUCUUCUUUGGCAUGAAUAUGUUCCGUUUCAUGAUCCUACCAAACCAUUGCAGAGUUUACUAAGAAAAUUCUGUGAUAUUUAACGUUGUGGUUUAUUUUCUGUUGCAUUUGUGUUUAUAUUGCAUAGACAGAAUUUUGACUCUUAUUAAGUUUGUACAAAGAAACUUGUUACGAAACUGCUUGCAUCUACUAUAAACUCCCAAGAUACGAGUGCCGAGUCAUCCAUCUUGUUGACGUUUGUUAUACUUUUUCUUGUUAUCUUGAUCUUCAUCGUCAAUAGUGCAGGUAGAUUUAGCCACAUUAUUUAUUUCUUGUUUGUUAUAAUUGUUCAUGGCUGUUUUAUUGUUUCAUAAUGACUGAAGUUUUAUAAUCAAAUAUUUGUUAAGUUUUUUGUUACUUGUAGUUUUAUACCAAUUGAUUUUGUUAAUAAAACACUUGAAAUUA